AUGGAUCCAUCUGGGGCUCUCCGUCCCCUCGACGAAGCUUUACUCCGGGGGCCUCAAUUGCCAUUGCGUAUCGCUCCUUUACGGGAGCCUGUCUCUUCGCGGGCUCUCGGUGCGCCAUCGCCUCUAGAGCCAACCGCCAUCGCUGCCAGGGACCCCAGUAUUCUCCCCCAGAAGGCGUCCACGAGCGGAGCAGGCAAUCUCGCCUCCAACCCCCAGACAGAUCUCCCGACGGUGAAGGAGUGCCUUCACGCGGCACGAACUAAACAUGCCGAGCCCUCGUCGACGGAUCUUCAAUCCAAUGUGGAAUCACCACCCAAACCCAUUCUUCCGGCCUUUGUAAAUCUGCGCGCUCUAGAACGCUUCCCAUUUUCGUCGUCCUUUGACGAUGAUGCUCUUCAUGGAACACGCAAGCGUCGGCGUAUAGAUCUACAGCCCGAGUCCUUUAGCGAACACCUUCAGUUACCCAUCCCUCAAGCUGCUCACAAAGAGCAAAGACCACCGCCGUUUGGCCCCUUCGCCAUUCUCAACGGAUUGAACGAGCCACCACCCAACGCGGCCUUGCUGCCGCCGAUCGAAGCUGCCUCUUCUAUCUCCCAGCUACUGAACAAGCCCUCACGGCGUGCGGGCGCUGCUGCCGGUGACACCGCCAACCUAGCGUCUACCAACCCGACGCCUGAUCCGCACCCGGAAGGUCAGCCGCCUGUAGAAAGACCCGAUGUCAGAGCUGGUGAACUUUCUGGUGCAGGUCUUGUCGACAGUAAUUACCAGCUUGACCAUCACGGUCACGAGAAAGCGCAACGUGCACAGCCUGAACGCGACAACGGUGGCUCAGAAGAUACCAGGCUCAAUCAUGGCGCAAUCUGUCAGGCCGAAAGCGCGCCUAUGCCUCAAGGCGCUCCCAAUGAGGUCGAGGAGCCGUUAUCUCCAAAGACUCGAGGACGUUCGCGGAAAAAUCUGCGAAAAUGGACCGAGGAAGAAACAGACGCCCUCCUUCGGGGUGUGAUCAAAUGCGGAAUUGGCAAUUGGACCGCAAUUCUCGCUCAGCCCGAGCUCAAGUUCAACAAGCGGACAGCCUCAAAUUUGAAAGACAGAUUCCGAGUGUGUUGCCCAUGGGCGUAUCGCGCGUCUGACCCCAAUGAAGCCAUAAAGCUGUUGCGAGACCAGCUCGCAAACUCAUUGCUCAAAGCUCAAGCAGACAAUUCCGUGAGCAAACCCGGCAGUAUUCAAUUGCCCACGCCGUCGACUUUCCCGGCCGGAGCCGAGCUAGGGUCCAGCCAUGGAAGUACUCCCGGUAGUGCACAUACUUCCUCCUCAGGGUCGAGCAUGUCUGUCAGCACCCCUGACACAGACCAUGGCAGUCUUUUGACUCCACCGCAGAGGGUCUCCCCAGGCUGGACUUCCUCCGUUGCCUCGGAUCAGUCUCAAUCCACCCUGGCGUCUCUAGGGCUUCCAGAAGCCCACGUUGCCACAAAGGUCAAACGACGCUCUCGUCGUCCAUUCACCCCCGCUGAGGAUGACGCUUUGCUCAAAGGCUACGCCAUUCAUGGCUUUCAAUGGACGUUGAUUCAACAGGACCGGCGGUUCAAUCUUAGUCAUCGCAGAGCCACCGAUUUACGUGAUCGUUUUCGAACCAAGUUUCCCCGUGUAUAUCGCGAAGGAGGCUCUGUCAGCGGCAACACCUCCAAUCUCCAGUCCCGGGACGAAGCUAAAUCCGCAAGUACUUCCGGCGUCGCGCCGCAGAAUCGGGGACUGAUCGAUGCGCCCGUCGUGUCGAAGACUCCCCCGUUCGGGCAUGGCCAACCAAAGACCCCUCAUCAGCAACAAUCCGGGUUUCCGAACGCCAGCGCUGCACACUUGGAGGCGGCACUUCUGCCUCCGCCUUCGAACUACUUUGAGCAACCUUCCACUGGGGCGUCAGGAAAUCUCAGCGUUCCACCGGAUGAGAACCUCGCGGCAGGAACGUCCUCUUCGUGGGAAGAUAAUACACUAGCGCCUAUGAUCUGGGAUGAUCUCAACUGA